AUGUUUUCUUCUUCUCCUCGCCGCGGACGCCAUAGAAAAAGAAUAUCCGCCCUGCGCCUCUCAGACUCCUCGGUCACUCCUCUUCCCGCCUACACUUCUCCGAUCUGGUCCAAGCCACCAGAACUACACGGCGACGUCUCUGACCGCCCUCCAGACUACUCAGACAGCGCCGAAGAGGCGGACGCAGACACCGACUCCGACGAAGACAACGUCGUAUACGUCCCGGCCCCUCUCCCAAUCACCCCUCGGCGUGCGCGUCGCCAGCUUGCCCGUAGCAGCACCACUAGGCUUUUGCAGAGCACUUCAGAUGAUCCUUAUCUUGACUCUCUCCUUGCCCGCAGUGUACACGCGUUAGAAAUGUCCAAUGCCUUGCUCCAGUCCUCCAUGUCCACCCAAUCCAGUCUCUCGGCCGUACUAGGGGAUGACUCCUUAGCGGAUCGCUCUCUCGAGGUCAGUGCCCAGCACCUGUCUUCCAGGAUAAAUGGCAAUAGAGCCUUGCACAAUUACUGGAUGAACGACCUCGAUCAGAUAUCGAGGAGUGUGGAUAAUUUGGUUAGUGAUGAGCCAGGGGAGGAAAGUGCGCCCCGGGAUGGUGUAGUCAGCAGAAGCUUGCCUUCAUCUACGGGAUUCGCUGAGCAUGUUCGAGCACAAGGUCGGCAGAUGCGCAGACCUUCGCUGGAUCUGCACAGUACUUCUUCGUCCCAUCUGCAGUACUCUAAUCACGAACGAAGUCAUUUCAUUGCCCCUGCACCGCGGGCCCUCACGAUGUAUAUCGAUUCUUCCGACAGCCCCGACCUUAUCUCACUGCCCUCUACCCUAGGACUGCGAUCCUCUCAUUUGCCACCCACACCAUUACCCUCCUCUGAAAGCGUUUCUGCACACAGCUCUGACCAGCAAUCCAUGGAGCCUAUGGAACAGACCCGAAGAGCAGCCGACGUGUUAUCGUCGUAUAUUACUCGCUCUUUUCCCUCGCGCUCCUCUACCUUCUCCUCAUUCACUACAGCCCGCUUGCCCGCAUCUGCUCCCAGCCGUCCCAGCUCCAGGACAAGUUCGUAUACAAUUCGGCCAACGCAGUCGAAAUCUCCGCCACCACCGGUGUCGGUAACCUCACCUUCAUCAGUAGUGUCGCUCCGCUCGCGAUCGCUGACUCCCCUCCGCACUGCUACUUCUCCGCGCAUUCCCCGGCCGAUGACACCUCCGAUCGAAGAGUUAUCCACGUCUUCGACGUCUGACUCUUCCGAAAUGCAUGUUGACCGUACCGUCGAAGCCCUGCGCAAUAUCCUUGAUGCGCAGCGCUCUGCUUCCUCCAGCACCUCUCCCAGCCGACGCCGCCCCUCUCUCCCACCUACUGCAUCCGCAGACCCUCGACCCGCAUUUCUCCUCCCGCCCUCUGUCGCACCCAUGGCGGGCACAUCCACCGCCACUGCGUCCGUCUCGCGUCUAUUCACGAAAGCGCGGCACUCGUCCUCGACGCGCCCACCAUCUCCCCCGCGGCAGUCCUCGCUCAAAAACCGCUCCUCACCGCCGACACCCAUCUCUAGCUCGUCCUCGCUGCUCAGCGUGCCUGAUCUCUUCAGUGCAGCCCUCGCGCGCACGUCGACACCGUCAUCCGGGCGUUCAACGCCAAAACGCAUCUCCUUCGCUGAGCUUCCGGAGUCGUACGCGAGCUCGAAACCUGACGGCACCUCCCAGUUCAAGGGCAAGGGCCGUGCCAAGGCACGGAGCAGGGAGAAGGGGAAGGGGAAGGGAAAGGGAAAGACUGACGGGCCGGACGAGAGCGCGGAGGGCGCGGGGUGGUGGACGGGCUGGCUGAUGGGCGCUGCUGGCACGGGGAGCGCGUCCGGGCUGGGCCUCGGUGCGGCGCGCGAGGAACGUUUCUCGCGCAGCACGAGCUGGAGCGUGCGUCCAGCGUAUGGGGCCAGUCUCGAGGAAUGGACGGUGUAA